UUGGCCUGAACACCGGACACUCUCGCUCAAUUGUACUGAAGUUCUGCUUCGGGAAGCUGCCUCGGGACACGAAAAAUGGAAUGCGGGUUCAUGUACCCGGUACCCGAUGAGAAGGACAUGAUGAGUCUCCUCCGCGGAGACCUGGAGCUCGUGAAAAACUUCGCGAUGAGCGCGAUACUCCAUUGUGUCAACGCAAGGAGGUUCUGUUACUACAUCGGAAACUCAGCCCAAGCUUUUGAAAAUCUCAUACCCUUCGACGAUUGUUCUCUCAGACCGGAGUUGAAUGACUUUUUGGUGUCCAAGAACUCAGAAUCAUCGGAAGACCUCGUGGGUAUAAUUCGAGAAAUCCCGGAGAAGCUGAGCCCUGCGCUGAUCAUUGUUGAGGUCCCAGAGAAUCGCACUCCGUAUGGACUCGUAAAUCUUUUCGGGUAUGCCCAAGAUCUUCAACUUAAGCUCAAAUGCGCUGUUCUGAUUCUUGUUGAGGAUACGGAGAGUUGUGCUGUGAUCAGUGAGCGAUUACUGAAAUUUUACAAGCUCAAGGUAUUCGAUGUGUUCCGGUGGGGCCUGCGGAGCGGAAGUGAAGAAACCAUCAGAUCUUUUGUUGAGUGUGAUGGACGUCUCCUUGAAAGGCGAAUUCACAAAUAA